GGGAAGGUGGGGAGAUUAGACGAGCGCACGGCUCAUUACGUCAUCACCAAAUUAUUGUUUAAUCAUCAAAGGUCAACUUCACUUGACAUUCUCAAAUCUUGAGAAUCGCAAACAAAUCAUAUCCCCGCAAAGUUACACCAAAUUGCCAUGCGAUCGUCAAUGAUACCACGAAGUCUUAUGCGCUCAUGUAGGACGGCUUCUACUCGACCUGCAAUCGUUCGCCACACAGCUCUCGUUUGCCAAACCUGCCACCAGCAAUCCAACCCUCUUUUCCAAGCUGCGGCAGCAAUUUCCUCCCGCAGAAACGCAUCUUCGUCCACGAACCCCUCGCCAUCUGCUUCGCCAGAACAAACGACUCCUCCUUUCGCCUCAACCCCGCAAACCCACUACGAUCUUUUCCCCCUCACUCUUCCUCGCGGCCCGCCACCCUCCGGCCCCUUCCACGUCGACGUUCGUGCGCUGCGCAACGAAUUUCUCCGUCUACAGGCAAGCGCACACCCAGACUUACACUCAGCAUCGAAUAAAGCCCGCGCCGAAGCUACUAGUGCUUUAAUCAACGAGGCAUACAAAACAUUACAAUCGCCUCUGUUGCGUGCGCAAUAUCUGUUGGGACUUCAGGGAGUAGAUGUACAUGAUGAGACUGGAAAGACAGGAGGGGAAGAGGGGGAUAAUGAGUUAUUGAUGGAAGUUUUGGAGACAAGAGAGGAAAUGGAGGAGGCGGAGGAAGAGGGAGACUUGGAUGGAUUGAAGGCUCGAAAUGAGGAGCGAAUUGUUAAGAGUGAGGAUGUGGUAGGGAAGGCUUUGGAGUCUGGGGAUAUGGAGACGGCAAGGAGAGAGACGGUCCGGUUGAGAUAUUGGGUCAAUGUGAGGGAUAGUUUGCAUGCGUGGGAGAAGGGCAAGCCGGUUGUUAUGGUGCAUUGAGGAAGUUUGACGGGCAUUGGGAAGUGGGUAGAAGCCAUGGGUUCUUCGCAUUCUAUAUCGUUUUUGACUACGACUUUGAGAUAUUCCCAACACGGACAUCAGGCGAUAGUACUUGCGUCGGGCUGAAUCAGUCGUUCAACACACGGCAAAUGAAGUUGGCUUUGGCUCAACUCAGAAACUAUUUUCAUGAGGUGGCUGAGAUGUGGCAAAAAUACUGCCUCAUCAACCCAAAUCGAUCAAAUCAACACAUCACAUCUAGUCCGAAAGGAUGCUCCUCCACUUCCUCUCAACGAUUCCAAUACAAGGUCGCAGCGGCCCGAGAAUACAAAGCGCUACCUGCAUGUUUAUGCUAGAAGUUUGAACGCAUGUUCUUAAGGAACAUUUAAAAAAAGAUUAGAGGCGGAAACUUAAGGUAAAAGCAUUUUGAGGGUAAAUCAUGCCCAAAAUUUAGAUAUACCCGGCUCGAGCAAUCAACGAAGCCUCUUUACAGUUCCCUAUUGUAUAAUAAAAAAUUCACAACUCCGGUUCGUUCUCAUCUACUUGUUCUUUUGCGUAUGGGUGGAAAUGGCGCUCUGAACCUAACCAGUCUGUUCAACAGAAGAUCGAGAAGAGGCUACUAAUGAUAGUUUCAGCAUCAGUCGCCAUGGCGAACUAUUUCAAGACGUAGGUAUCUCAAUCAUAGACUGUUGUCCCAUCUAGCCAUGUAAUUGUUCAUAUCGCCAUGAGAACUUAUGUCUUCUAUAAUCUUUAAUUGAUCA